UGCAAGUAUAGAGAUACAGCGGUCCGCUGGCUUUUAUCCAUAACUGGCAUCAUGGCGGACGAAGCCGAUGGCGGCGCGCCGUCCUUUUCCGAACCUCUUGACCUGGUCCGCCUAUCGCUCGAUGAAAUCGUCUUCGUGAAGCUGAGAGGAGAUCGGGAGCUCAAAGGGCGCCUACACGCGUACGACAGCCAUUGCAACCUUGUUCUCGGAGAAGUCGAGGAGACAGUCUAUGUGGUGGAGGAAGAUGAAAACGAGGAAGAGAUCAUCAAGACGAUAAAACGACAGGAAGACAUGCUAUUCGUUCGAGGAGACUCCGUCGUCCUGAUCUCGCCGCAAUCCUCGCCUUGAAAAAGAGUCUGGCGAUGAGUCAUACUAUAUGAAAUUUUCCAGCGAACGCCUCCCCAACGGGUGUGAAUAACAGCAGCCCCGAAGUGGUCGGCGUCAAAAGAACAGAAAUUUAGAAUAAUGGAGCACAUCCUAGGUCGAUAUCAAGUGGGCGUCACCCGUGAUAUCUCAGGGAGAAUCGUAGGCUGGGCCGCCGAACCAAUGUAAAGUUCGAGAUCUUGCCCUUGAGAAUGGCUUUAUCAACGCAUGCUGUAGUUAAUUGAACCGUCAAGACCAUGUAUCCUUUCCAAACUCUUGAGACUCAUAUAAUCACGCG